GAUAUAUAUGAUAGGUUUACACCUAGAAAAAAGAAAAUGAUUGUUGCUAUUGUUUCUUAUUCAGCUUUUCUUGCUCCCUUCACAUCAUCCGUCUUUCUUCCUUCCAUCCCUCAAAUGGCAUCGGAUCUAAAAACGACAGCCACUGUCAUUAACUACACCGUUGCUAUUUUCAUCGCUACAAUCGGUAUCGCUCCUGUGGUAUGGUCUCCCCUCGCGGGGUUUUACGGUCGGAAACCUAUUUAUCUGGCCGCUAUGCCAUUGAUGAUCGCCGCUUCUAUCGGUGUGGGAAGAAGUAGGAAUAUAGCGGAUAUCAUAGGAACUAGAAUAUUACAAGGGAUAGGUAGUUCUUGUGUUUUAGCUGUGGGUGCGGGUACUAUUGGAGAUAUAUUUAGACCUACGGAAAGGGCGAAUGCUAUGGGAUGGUUUUAUAUGGGGGCACUUUGUGGACCAUCUCUCAGUCCAGUUCUGGGAGGUAUCUUAACGGAGUAUACUCGUCCAGGUUGGCGUUUAGUCCAAUAUAUCCUAGCUGGAGCCGGCGCCAUUUCUUUCUUCCUCACUCUCUUCUUCCUCCCUGAAACAUCCCAUCCACCAUUACCUCACGACACCAUGCGCGCCAAGACCGGAAAGAAAUUCGUAAUCUACUGGUUCAACCCUUUGACCAGUUUAGGUCUUUUCCGAUGGCCAAAUAUAGUCGCUGCUACUUUCGUUUCGAGUUGCGUUCUUCUUGAUACUUAUGUCUUGAACGUGAGUUUCCCGUUCUCAUCGUUGAUCUGGCUGAUGAUGCAGAAAGAACAAUAUCAUAUUGAUAAUGUUGCCGUUUCAGGUUGUUUUUAUCUCGUCAUGGGAGGUGGGAAUUGGAUAGGGGCACGUUUUGCCGGUCCCUACGCAGACAAACAACUUCGAAAAUAUAUAGCUAAACGUGGUUAUCGUCGAGCUGAAGAUCGUUUGCCUAUCAUAGUGAUUGGAACAGGUCUUCUGAUGCCUGUAACUUUGCUGAUAUAUGGUUGGUUGGUACAAACUCGAAAAGGAGGAUUAGCUCCUAGUUUGAUAAUGCUUUUCAUCAAUGGAUUUGGGCAGAUGUGUGCAUUGACUCCUAUUAAUACUUAUGCUAUUGAUGCUAUGCAAACGAGGAGUGCGGAGGUGAUUGCUGUGAAUAAUUGCGUACGAUAUCUCUUUGCUGCAGGAGCAUCAGCUGUACUCCUCCCUAUAGCCAACGCCAUCGGAUGGGGAUGGACCAUGACUAUCACCUCUGUUAUAUGUUGGAUGGCAUGUGGUAUGAUCCUUCUCAUGCUGAAAUACGGUACCGCAUGGCGAGAAAAAGCGAAUGCGAAAUAUGGUAUCCAACCUCGAGAUGGCGAAAGACCUAAUCCUUAUUGGCCGAUCGAAUCAGUCGAAUCGGUGGAUAAAGUUCAUUCUGUCGAUUUCGUCGAUUCUACUUCUGAAAAGAUGGACGUGGAGAAAGAAUCUGAAAGUGAUCAACAUCAUGAUGAACAACAUGAAGAACCUAGUAGGUUAUUACCACGUGUUGAAAUGAAGAAUCCUAGAUCAGGAAGGGAUAGAGAUACGAGGGUUGAAAUGCCUGCUGUGGAAGAGGUUUUGAGAAGGACUGUUAGUUUGAGUGGAGCUUCUGUUCAUGGUGGUUAG